GCUUCUCUCCCAUCGGUACUCGUCAGUUUCGACUUUUCUUGAAAUUCUCACAAUUAUUUAACUUCAACUUACAUCUCCAAAAUAACAUUGACACAACGAAAUCAUGACAGAAGCUCCUUUGAAUUACGAAGCCUCAGCUGGCGCCACCAAUCUUCAAGUCUCAAGGACCUUACCAUCGGAAGUAGUUCAAUGUUUAGAAAAUGCUAGAUUUCUUCAUCUCGCAACAUGCACAUCUCUCCGUCCUCACGUCUCUCUCAUGAACUAUACCUAUCUGCCCAGCACCCCUUGGUCUCCCUUUCCCACCAUCAUAAUGACAACAAAUCCCUCUUCGAAAAAAACCCACAAUCUUCUCGAAAAUCCACAAGUCUCAUUACUAGUCCACGAUUGGGUAUCGCAUCGGCCGCCUACAGGAAACAGAGCUACGAGUCCGCCGCGGAAUGCGGGGGGAAGAAGCAGUUUGGCGGAAAUGUUGAUUGGGUUGAAUACGAGUGCGAUUAGUAGUAUUAGCGCGACGAUUAAUGGAGAAGCGAGGAUAGUUGAGAGAGGAGGAGAGGAAGAAAAAUGGUUGAGGGAGAGACAUUUGGAGAAUUGUGUGUUUCUUGGGGAGGAGGGAGUUACGGCUGGAGAGGGAGAUGGGGGGAGAGUGUUUGUGGAAGGGGAGGAGGUUAGGGUUGUUAGUGUGAAGGUGGGAGAUGGGAGAGUUAGUGAUUGGAAAGGGGCGGUGAGGGAUUGGAUUUUGGAGGAUGAUGGGGAGAGGGGGAAUGGUGCUGCGGGUGAAACGUUAUUGAAUGGUGUACAUUGAGGUGGCGAUUAGGAAUGAAAUCCAGAGAGUUGAUUUGUAUGACUUUCCAAGGAAGGAGAUAUUUGAAUUCUGUCACGAAGUGCGAGGGCGAAUUCAUCGUUGAAGCCACUGGCUCAUCAGAGAAGUCGAGCUUUAUUUAGGUUUCUACCUCCCUGCGGUUGUUUCAAAUGAUGGCAUUCGACUAAAGGAUAAUGAAUAUUCAAUAUUCCAUCAAUAACUCAUUAUCAGGUCUGAGAAGAAUGCUUUUGGGUUCAUCAGAUGUUGACGAGAGCACGCCCAUCAGUAGAUAUACCGCUUAGUUGCUGUUAAAUAGAAACUCGAUGUCACACAUUCUCCUUGAUCUUUCAAUUUCAUCCAAUCUUACAAUUUGGGCAAAGCUCUAAUACUUUCUACGCCAUGCUUAUUUGUAAUUAAACUUAAGCUUACUCGAGUCUUUAAUUUAUUGAUCAGUUCUUUCGCAUCUCUCAUCCAAGAUG